UAUAAAAAUGGGAUGGAGGGAGUAAUACAUAAAUAUUAAAUAUGGGGUCUGAAUUCAUGUUUAAACUCUUCCUUCAACGCCAAAAUUUACAAUUUACAAGUAUCAAAUUUCAAGAUCCCCGCACCUUUCUCCCAUGCUCCAUCACUAAUCUCAACAAACUCCAAUUUUCCCCAAAUUAAAAUACAAAUUUAAUACAAAACAAAAUUUGUUUUUUUAAUUUCUUGCAAAAAUCCACCAAAAAAAAGUAGCUUUCCAAAAAUUGAUAAACCUCUAAAAAUUUAGAAAAACGACGAGAUUUAACAACCCAUGUUCUGAGUAUAUUUUUCCGACACCUUUCUUUUCUCUAUCAACUGUUCACGAUCGGAUCUGAGAAUUAUUAUAAAUUUUUUUUAAAAAAAAAUAAAGAGAAAAUAUUAUUGGGAAAUAAAAGCUUUUACACUUUUCGAAGUUCAUCACCUCUCAUUUUCACUCACUCACUCACUCACUCACUCACAUGAUCACUCUCUUUCUUAGCAUUUCCACUUCACUCUUCUUUCCAGGGCGUUAGCAUCAACCACAUCAAUGGAAUCUGCUGGUGAUGCCCUUAAUUUCGUGACGAAACCGCAGAAUUCUGCUGGUAUGGUUGGCAAAAGUUCUCUUUCUCCUUCAGGGGAAAGUUCCAGUGGCAAUCAGGUUUCUGGGUUUGAGUCCAAAUGUUGCAUUAAGCAUCCUGUUAAAGAUUCUGAGGCUUGUGACUCAAACGGCUCGUUGUGUUCGUCAGCUUUUAGGUUAGACCAAGGGGUAGAUGAUGGACAGCUAAGUAGCCCGUUAGCUCCUCCAUCAGCAAUUAGUUAUUGCCCUAGCCCUCCGAACAGUUUUCAUUCUGCUAACCAAUCUAUAGAAGCCAAAGAUACCAUCACAGAAGCAAGUGAAUGCCAUAGUAGUAUCGAGAAAUCAAGUGAAAGUGCUGAGAAUAGUCAAUCCUUUGACUUUGUUGAGAGCAGGAAAGUGAGUAGUGCUUACAGAUGCAGCACUGGCAGUGAUGUUAGUGAUGAAAGCAGCUCUAGUAGCAUGAGUAGCACCAUGUACAAGCCUCACAAAGUUAAUGACGUCAGAUGGGUUGCCAUCCGCAAAGCUCAAUCUCAUUAUGGGCAACUGCAGUUGAGCCACUUCAGACUUCUGAAGCAAUUAGGAUGUGGAGACAUAGGGAAGGUGUAUCUAUCUGAAUUGGUUGGGACCAGAACUCAUUUCGCAAUGAAGGUCAUGAACAAAGCAGCUUUAGAGAGUCGAAAGAAACUUCUGCGGGCUCAAACGGAGAGAGAGAUCCUUCAGUCCCUGGAUCAUCCAUUCCUGCCCACGUUGUAUUCACAUUUUGAAACAGAGAAUCAUUCUUGUUUGGUGAUGGAGUUCUGCCCUGGAGGUGAUCUGCACUCACUUCGGCAGAGACAACCUCAUAAAUGCUUUCCUGAGCAUGCUGCAAGAUUUUAUGUUGCAGAGAUUCUCCUUGCCUUGGAAUAUCUACAUAUGCUUGGUAUAAUCUACCGGGAUCUAAAGCCUGAGAAUGUCCUGGUUAGAGAAGAUGGACAUAUAAUGCUUUCUGAUUUUGACCUUUCUUUAAGAUGUGCUGUCUGCCCAACUCUUGUUAAAUCAGCAAACUCAACCCUUGAGUCCAAAAGCUCAGCAUAUUGUGCUCAACCUGCUUGUAUAGAACCAUCUUGUAUAAUUCAGCCUGCAUGUUUCUCGCCUCGUUUCUUAUUCAACAAGCAUAAAAAAGCAAAGAAACCCAAACCUAAGACUGAUCUAUAUUCUCAAGGCUGCCCUCUGCCUGAACUCCUUGCCGAACCAACAAAUGCUCGAUCAAUGUCAUUUGUGGGAACCCAUGAGUACUUGGCUCCUGAAAUCAUUAAAGGUGAAGGUCAUGGCAGUGCUGUAGAUUGGUGGACCUUUGGAAUCUUUCUUUAUGAGUUGCUGUUUGGGAAAACACCCUUCAAAGGGCAGGGAAAUCGUGCUACAUUGUUUAAUGUAGUAGGCCAGCCCCUAAAAUUCCCAGACUCCCCUUCUGUGAGCUUUGCUGCGAGAGACUUGAUCAGGGGUUUGCUGGUAAAGGAGCCGCAGCACCGCCUUGCCUAUAGGCGUGGUGCCACAGAAAUCAAGCAACAUCCAUUCUUUCAGAGCAUUAAUUGGGCACUCAUCCGCUGUGCUACCCCACCCGAUGUUCCCCGGCCUUACACACUGUCACCUAUGCCAACUGCCAUUCCUCCUGCUACGUCUACCACAGGAGCUAAGGUGCCUGGUCUUGAUGGUCCGCCCUCGGGUAAUUACGUCCAGAUUGAUUUCUUCUGAUUAUUGGCGAUCAUUUUGUGUUGGGGGUUUUCUCAUUUGUGCUAUGGUGGUCUCGAUGCGUCACGGACCUCAUAUGACAUCGUUGUUCAUAAGGUGAGGGGAACUGCAUUAGGCAUUUGUUUAAGAUACCAAGAACAAUAUUGAGAAAUCGCAAAUAUAUUGAAUAGAUAGUGGAAUUCAUGUAUAUUUUAUAUUCUUUUGUCUAACCAAAAUUCUUCAUUUCUCUGUUAAUACAAAAUAUGAUGUUCGCUGAUGAGGCUCAGAUACAAUGUGUAAUGCGUGUAUUCUUCAUAUCGUUUACAA